AUGUUGUGGAAACUGGCAGAUAACGUCAAGUAUGAGGAGGACUGCGAGGACCGCCACGAUGGGAGCAGCAACGGCAACCCGCGGCUCCCGCACCUCUCGGCGGUCAGCCAGCACCUGUACAGCCCGGCCCCGCCGCUCUCCCACUCCGGAGCCUCCGACUUCCAGCCUCCUUACUUCCCCCCCCCUUACCAGCCGCUGCCUUACUCCCAAUCCAGCGACCCCUACUCGCACCUCGGGGACCCGUUCUCCAUCAACCCGCUGCACCAGCCGCCGCCGCCGCCCCCCAGCCAGCAGCAGAGCGCUUGGCCCAACCGCCAGAGCCAGGAGCCCGCCGGCCUCCCCCCGCACGGCCGGCCCGGCCUCGUCCCGCACCUCUCGGCGCUGGAGAGCGGCUCGGCCGGCGGCCGUCGGGAAACGUUCCGGCGCUCCGACCUCUUGUUGCCCCACGGGCACGGCCUGGAUGCCUCGGCGCUGGCCGACAACCUGGGGCUCCACGACAUGGCCCAUCAGAUAGAGGAUGUACAGAACGUGGAAGACCAACACUUACUAAUGCACGACCAGACAGUCAUUAGAAAAGGUCCCAUUUCCUUAACGAAGAACAGCGCUCUGAGCCUCCCGUGCCAGAAGGACGGACUGAUUGGAGUGGUCAUAAACCCCAACGAAGUGUUCUGCUCCGUGCCGGGGCGGCUGUCCCUCCUCAGCUCCACAUCGAAGUACAAAGUAACGGUGGCGGAGGUGCAGAGGCGGCUCUCCCCCCCGGAGUGCCUCAAUGCCUCCCUGCUGGGAGGUGUGCUCCGAAGAGCCAAAUCUAAAAAUGGUGGCAGAUCAUUAAGGGAAAAGCUGGAUAAGAUUGGUUUGAACCUUCCAGCUGGUAGAAGGAAAGCUGCAAAUGUGACACUGUUGACAUCCUUGGUGGAAGGUGAAGCUGUGCACCUUGCUCGUGACUUCGGCUACGUGUGUGAGACGGAGUUCCCCUCCAAGGCUGUGGCUGAGUACCUGACCCGGCCGCACAUGGGCCGCAACGAGAUGGCCAACAGGAAGAACAUGCUGCUGGCUGCCAAGCAGAUCUGUAAGGAAUUCACAGACCUCCUCACUCAGGACAGAACUCCGCUGGGAAACACGAGGCCCAGUCCCAUCCUGGACCCUGGCAUCCAGGGCUGUUUGACUCAUUUUAGCCUGAUCACACAUGGCUUUGGGAGCGCUGCCAUCUGUGCUGCCAUGACAUCCGUCCAGAACUACCUAAAUGAAGCAUUAAAAAUAGCAGACAAAACAUACAUGAACACUGGCGACCAGAGCCCCGCAGAAACCAACAAAACCAUGGAUAAAAUGGACAAGCACAGGAAGUAAAGGAGAAAAAACAGACU